AUGGACUCAGACAUUUCUCAAGUCUUCCAGAAAGAGCUCACCUGCUCCAUCUGCCUGAACUCCUUUACAGACCCAGUCACCAUAGACUGUGGGCACAGCUUUUGCAGGCCCUGUCUCAAUCUUUCCUGGGAAGCAGCCCAAACUCCUGCCAAAUGCCCCACGUGCAGGGAAACCUCACAGUGCAGAGACUUUAAAACCAAUAUUCUUGUGAAGAAUCUUGUGUCCUGCAUCAGACAAGCAAGUGUCUGCCAAUUUCUGAGCUCUGAAGAGCAUAUGUGUGGGACACACAAGGAAGCUAGGAAGAUCUUCUGUGAAGAGAACAAAAAACUGCUGUGUUUGCUCUGCUCAAAGACUCAGGAGCACGAGACCCACAAACACUCCCCCAUAGAACGCGCUGCUGAGGAUUACCGGGAGAAGCUCCUAAAGCAGAUGAGAUCUCUGUGGGCAGAGAUCCAGGAAAACCAGAGAAAUCUAAAUGAAGAAAACAGAAUAACUGAUGUGUGGAUGGAUUACGUGUGUCUACGGAGAAUGAUUAUCAAAGCUGUGUAUGAGAACUUGCAUCCAGAUCUCCAUGAGGAAGAAAAACAACAUUUAAAGAAACUGACACAAGAAGGCAAAAAUAUUUUACAGCAACUCAAGAAAAAUGAAGCCACAAUGGCUCAAAAGAGGAAAGAACUAAGAGAAAUGUAUGAAGAACUGAUGAUGAUGUGCCAUAAACCAGAUCUGGAGAUGCUCCAGGAUUUGGGAGAUAUACUGAUGAGGAGUGAGUCAGUGCAGCUGCACAUGCCCCAGCCUGUGAGCCCAGAGCUCAGUGCAGGGCCCAUCACUGGACUGAUGGACACGCUCAGCCGCUACCGAGUGAACAUUUCCUUCAAUAAUGAGACAACCAAUCACAAUAUCAAGCUGUUUGAUGAUGUGAGGAGUUGGAGAUUUAGGCAUGACCAUCAAGGCACAUCUUUUAGAUCUGAAGGAUCUAACUAUUUUGCUACGUGGGAGACCAAGGCCCUCACCUCUGGGAAACAUUACUGGGAGCUGGACAUGGACGACUCUUGGGACUGGGCUCUAGGAGUCUGCAGUGACUCCUGGAUAAGGAAGAAUGGCACGCUGGUUGAAUCUGAGGACGUAUUUCUUCUCUUAUGUGUGAAGGAGCAUGAUAGUUAUAGUCUCUUCACCACCACGCCAAUGAUUGGUCAGUAUUUACAGAAACCUCAGGGCCGGGUUGGUGUGUUUCUUGAUUGUGAGAUUGGAAGUGUGACUUUUCUGAAUGUCGCCCAAAGUACCAUCAUUUGGGCCUACCCCAAUUACUCCUUCAAUUUCCCUGUCAGACCUUUCCUGUACACCGGCCGUGCAUGA